CUUAAGAGCAUCAAAAACACAGUAAAAUUUAGUUUCUAAUGGACAAAAUCGACUCUUUGUCCAAUGGCACUGUGAAUCUCAAUGCCAAGAACACGUUAGAAGAUGGCAGCUCUUUCACAAGGGUUUCGUCUAUAACUUCGGACGGUAGGGAUCUUGGGGGGGCUGGACUUAGUCGUGCUGGUAGCAUUAGUGGGUCAUCUACUGACGCGCCUAAUCAAUCAUGGCGCCCCUUUUCUCGGCAAGGGGCCGGUGACCCUCUAACUAGACAAUUGAAAAGCAACUUGAAUAAGCUAACUAUUGAAAAAUUCGAGACGUUGGCGGAAAAAAUCGCAAUCCAGUGCGAAUCACUGGAACAAUAUGAUCAGCUGUGCGUUGCGGUUGAUUUGAUAUUAGAUAAGGCACUACAAGAGCCGGAAUGGUCUGAAAUGUAUGCUGAUUUAUGCCAGAUUCUUGCAUGGCGUUCUCGGGAUUACGAUGUUUCUGGAAAACGUCUUACCUUUGCAUCUGCCUUGCUUACAAAGAUUCAAAAGGAAUAUGAGGCCACUCCACGUGAUUUGGAUGCGGUACGUGCUACACUGAUCGACGACGUGGAAACUCGUAUGAAGCGUAUUAAGACUCGCAUAUUGGGCACAGUGAAGAUGAUUGGUGAACUUUUCCAACGACGCAUUUUAGGUUUUAAAAUUGUCAACCAGGUGGUUUUGGAUCUCGUAAUAUCAGCUGAUGAACCACAUGAGCAUUUGAUUGAAUGUUUCCUCCAGUUGAUUUAUAGCACUGGUUAUUAUAUCGACCGUAACCCGUCCUUACGUCCCGUACUUGAUAUGUGGUUCGGCCGCCUAAAGGAACUAAUGUUGAAGCGUUGCUAUUCUAAACGCAUUAAAUGCGUGAUGCAAGAUGUUUUGGAUUUGCCUAAAGCUCAGUGGCGCAAAAAGAUUCACCGUGACACUGCACAGGCACUCAGUGAUUUGCGUGAUCAGAUUCAAACGGAAGACAUUCUGGGUGGUUCUGCUGUAGCUGCACAGUUUGGAAAUAUUGUUGUUGUUGGCGAACGUAGGAAUCUUGGCGCCAAAUGCACGUAUGGAAAUUACAUGCUUCGCCAAGAAGAAUUAUAUAAACUGAAGAAAGGCGUUAGCCCCAAAAUGUAACCUCUGCAGAUGUUUAAUACAAUACAUCUUGCGAUGUCUGCCCAUAUUUUUCAGGCAUUAUUUUCUAGACCGU